AUGCGGAAUAAAUUCGAGCUCAACAAAACCCAUGGCAAAGCCACGGGCAAGCCCAAGCUGCAUGAUCCCAACUUCCAGAAUGUGUCCAUGAUUCUAUCAUAUAACUCACACAGAGACCGCAUCAAUGAGCUUGGUGUGACACGAUUUGCCAAGGAUACAGGACAGACACUGGAGACAUUCUAUUCACUUGAUCACUAUGGCAGUCCAGACGAGGGUACUAGGCACAAUAAAUCCAAGAAGAAUGCAGAGGUGAAGCACAAGGUUGACAAGAUUCAUCCUCAUCUGCAAGAACAGCUCUGGAUGCUGCCACACAAGGACACUAAUAACCAUCCAGGAAAGUUGUCACUGUGCAUAGGACUACCUGUCAUGAUCAAGGCAAAUGAAGCCACAGAAUGCAAUGUAACAAAUGGUGCAGAAGCCAUUGUUGUUGGCUGGGCAUCUAAGCCACUAACUGGUGAUAAGAGAAUGCUUGAGGUUGUAUUUGUAAAGCUCACAGCUGCGCCAACACCUGUGAAGUUGGAUGGCCUUCCAGAAAAUGCAGUGCCCAUUGCUGCACAGUCUAUGAAGAUACCUUGUCUGAUGCCCAAUGGCCACGCAUUAACAAUCCAUAGGACACAGGUAGCAUUGAUACCCAAUUUUGCCAUGACAGAUUUCAGCUCUCAGGGACGCACACGGCCCUAUAAUGUGGUUGAUUUGCAGAACUUCAAGAACCACCAGUCAGUGUACAACUGCCUUUCCCAUGUAUAG